AUGAAUCCGGAUUCAUCAUCGAAGACUCUAUUGCAUGAAGAAGCAGCAGCAUUAAUUAGCAUGAGUGACUCGUAUAUUCAAGAAGCUGUACAUAUGUCAAGACAUUAUACUGGAUGUUCACGUCACCCAUCUUCUCUUGACUCUUCUCGUUGGAAACGAAGUGCACAUGUACGAGAUCUUGCAAUGUAUAAGGAAAGUCAAGCUCGUUGGAGACUUGGUAGUAAACGUAAACUUGGUUCACGAUUAGCAGAUCAAGACUUUGUCGACGAAAGAACUCGGUUACUUCCAGCUACAUUAUUGAUUGGUACAUUUCAAGGAGAUUUGGAAUCUGUUAUGUUUGGCAUUCAGACUUUAACUGAAGAUGCUACUCGUUUACGAGCAUCUUACUUAGGUGAUCAUCUUGUAGAUGAGAGACUAUUGGCUAAGCCAUUGGAAUAUCCAAGUUAUGAAAAUCCGUUAUCUUCAUGUACUUUACGAUGGCGUGGCUUACGCAGUGGAGCGAAAGUAGCAUCUGGACAAAUCUUUACUUCUCGUACUAUUGAGACUGUGUAUAUUGAGUCGACAGGCAUUACAGUUUUUAGCAAUGGAGAGCGAUUUGGAUAUGAAUUGCUGCAAUCAGUUGAGAUACCGGAAGUCAAUGGCAGUAGGAAUCAACAUGCUGUGAUUUCGUACUGCUAUGUAUAUCGUCAAUUAGCAGCAGAUGUCAUUGAAGUGUUCAUGUUGGGAUCAACAUCACGCGAUGGGGUGUUGAUUGGAGGAGCAGUAGCCAAGAUGCAUAGUCUUCAUCGACUCGUACGCUGUGCAGAGCACAAGAAACUUGCGUGGCUUUUAAACUCAAGUCAUCCGACGUUAGCAAAUCUUAAAGGUGGUGGAUGUUGUGCUGAGUGCUUUCGAUCGUUUGGUCGAUGGCCUCAUCGUGCUGAACGCCAGUGUAGCGCUUGUGAUGAACGUGUAUGUGCAAGUUGUACAGAAUAUCGUCACAUGCGCUUUGCACUUCCAUUUCGCUCCAAAGUUACACGUUCUAAACUUGCCUUUUGUGGUCGAUGUCUCCAACGUGCGAACGAAACGAGUCCAUUAUUAAUUGCUUUGUUUGAAGCAAUGGAAGAACUUGAAGCAAACUGUUGUGAUCAGGAGGAAAAGUUGAGCUUGGAUACUAUGGAUAGUUCCUUACCCCCAUUUUCCCAUUGCACAAAGUGGACCAAUCUUGACCAUGACGACUUAGCCAUGACCAUCCUAGGUGAUCUCUAA